AUGCGUUACGCUUUCGUCUACUCGGCCCUCGUCGCCUGCGUCUCGGCGCACGGCGUCGUCACCUCCAUCACGGGUGCCAACGGCGUCGUGAUGCCCGGACUGAGCAUCGCCGACGGCACUCCCCGUGACUGCUCCAGCAACGGGUGCGGCUCCCAGGCCGACACCUCCAUCAUCCGCGACCGCGAGAUCGCCAGCGGACGGGCCAGCCCCCUCGGCCGCACCCAGGGCAACGGCCCCGUCGACGCCGCCAAGAUGAUCAACGCCUUCAUGGGUGGCGCCGGCGCGCCGACCAACAACGGCCCCGCGUCGUCCGUCGGCCAGGAGGAUGACCUCUCCGGCCUCAAGGGCCUCCAGCAACGGAGCAGCGGAGAGAGCAAGCGCCAGCUCGGCGGGCUCUUGGGCGGCCUGCUCGGCGGCGGUGCUGGUGGCAACGGCGGCAACGGCGCCAAGGGCAACGGCGGUAACGGCGGCGGCGCGGCCGGUGGGCUCGGUGGUCUCCUUGGUGGGCUCGGCGGCGGCGGUGGCGGCAACGCUGGCACCAAGUCGAACAAGCCUGUCGAGAACAUGGUUGCUGCCACGGCCGGCAAGGGCCAGGCUCAGGGUCUGCCGACCUGCAGUGACAACGGCGAGGUGACCAUCACCUACCGUCAGAUCAACCAGGACGGUGCUGGUCCCCUGACGGCCAAGAUCGAUCCCUCCUCCGGCGGCACUGACGCCAGCGCCUUCCAGACGGCCCAGAUCACGCAAAACGUUCCGGGCAUCGUCGCCGGCCUCUCCACGGCCACCAACACCGACUUCCCAGUCACGGUCAAGAUGCCUCAAGGCAUGACCUGCACGGGCACGGUGGGCAACGCCACCAAUGUCUGUGUCGGCAUGGUCAGGAACAGCACGCCCGCCGGGCCCUUUGGCGGCUCCUUUGCCUUUGUCCAGCCCGAGAAGGCUCGCGCGCGGGCCAUUGCCUACCGCCUCAGGAAGCGAUUUGAGAUUGCCCGCCCGGACGCCGAGGCCGAGUUCCGCGCUGCCGAGGCCGCCGAGCUUGAGGAGGAGGGUGACGACGAGGAGUAG